GGGACUCCAUAGUGUUCCGUAAGCUGUUUACAUCACACAGUAACUCAGAGAAUCAUGAAGGUCUACAAAUCAAUCUAUGACGAACAUUUUAUUAAUAUGCACCGUGUGUGUAGCUAGCCAGUAGCCAGCUAACAUGCUAUUGGCCACUAGCUAGCUAGUACCUUUGCCUGUAACGCAGGAUGAAACAGUUGUAAACACGCGUGGCUGCUGUUAGCACAACGCAGUGUGAAGAUGUGGAAACGAGGCGGGGGGAGCUCGGCCCUGGACCGGGCUGAGGAGCUGCUGUCCGCCAAGAGGAGCAGCAGAGGAGCCGCUGCUGCUGAGGCCACACAGCGACCUGCACCCACAGCACCCCCACACACCGGCGUCAGACCGCAGAGCUCUAUAGGAGGAGGAGGAGGAGGAGGAGGGAGCAGGUUUUUGAAGAAGGCUCCACCGUCUGCAACCAACAGCAACCAGUCACCUGUCAGCAAGAGCCAAACACAGCAGAUCCCUGAGCCAAGAUGUAUGUCAUCCUCCCAGACUGCUGCUCUGAGUAGACUGGCUCAAAUUGAGAGCAGCCUCCGCAGCCGAAAGCAGGUCCAGGAAGAAGCUAGACAGCGAAUCUCUCCUCCACCAGAAACAACCAGUGUGCCUGUCUCGGUUCAGUCCAGCAGUGACCAGAGUCUAAAUAGGAAACGUUUCCUCAAGAACAAAGCAGCAGCCAGAGCCGUUGACAGCACCAACACUGCUGCUGCUUCUGGGUUUCCAAAUGGACCAGAUGUGGGCAUCAGGUCCAGGUCCAGAGCUGCUGAUGCAGAUCUCUCUUUGGCACGUUUGGAGAUUAAGUCCAUGAGAGUUGUAAGAGGUGUGAAUCUGGAAAGUGAUGAAGAGGACAUGAGGAAACUGCUCGGAGACUCUUUGGAUUCAACAGACAACAGCUUGUUAAAGCUGGGGAUACCUGCUUCUGUGAGAACAGCAGACAAGAGCAAAAGUAAUCAGAAGGUCCACUCCACAACUCCUCAAGGUGCUGUUCCUCCUUUGCCACCUUCCAAUGCAGCACCACCUCGCUCUCCCACCUCUCCUUCUCGCCGUUCGUCUCCUUUUCGCUUCACUGGGCAGGUCCAGGCCCAGUUCAGCCCCUCUGCGCUGUCUCCCACCCCCUCUCCCCCAAGGAGAGGGAACUCUGCUCGCAGGAUGGCCAGUCCACAGCGCUCCCUCUCCUCCAUGUCAGGCCACAGUGAGGUGCAUUCUCUGGACGAGCUCUUCCCAGUGGCGCUUGGCUCUUCAGAUUCCCACAGCGAGAUGAGCUCAGUUUCAUCUGAAGACUUCAAGAUAAAUGUGAUGACGUUAGAUGACCUUGUCCCGGCUUCGUUUGGAUUUACAGAGGAAACACCAAAACAGGAGAGAGAACACAAGGAGAGGGAAGAGGAACAGCAAGAGAAAGAGGAGGAGGACAUAUUGGACUAUCAAAGUGACUUUGAGAGUGAGAGCAGGUCACAGCCAAAUCACAGUGCCAGCCAGGUUUCAGAGCACCUGCAGGGAGACAGAGAUGAAGUGGAGGUGGCGUUGAAGGUCAGAGAGGAAGCUUCGAAUUCAGAUGUGUCCAGUGAGAGGACAGAAGACGAUUACUCGAGCACUUUCUCGGACACAAUCUCACAGACCCCAGGUCGCAGUCAAACAUCAAAGUCAUUCAGCAAAAGCAGUGACUCCAGAUCCUCAGUGUCACACGGCCGCAGGACCUCAAGUCACCAGUCGAGGAGACGGGCUUCAGAAAGAAAGGUUUUAAAAGAGGCCGCAGUACAGACGCAGCCUGAUACCAUGUCGCACACAUGGUCAACUGGCGUAGCUGCAUUUGACCCCACAACCUACAUAAAGCCCACGCCAGUGGCUGCUUACACUCUGAGUGCAGAGACACUGGAAGCUGUCAGCACCUUCAACCCAGCUGCGUUUGUAGUCAAUGAAAUGCUGAAGCAGCAGCUCGCCUUGACGAGGCGGUUCAUCGAGAGCAGCCGACACCUUCACUCCAGCCUGGUGCAAAGUCUGGAACCACCCAACUACAGAUACACCACACUGGAGGGCACCAUGCAGUACAUUCGCAAGCACAGAUGUUCCAAACUCACAAUGGAGAAAGGCGUAGAGGAGGUGUAGCAGGAGAUGACGACUGUUUGUGACCGAUGACUCCGUCAAACUGGAUCACUGAAUCUGCUGGUGCAGCGCAAGAGACAGUUGCCAUAUAUAAAGUUUUAAAUAGUUGAUAUUUUUUAUUUUGUAUGAAUUACUUGUUGUCACUUUGUCAAAUGCCAUGAACAACACAUGCCUACAGUGUCUUCAGUGAGAAAAACCUGUCAUCCAUUCAGUUAGAAUCAUGUGAUAUUAGUAUUGUGAAUGGAUCAGGCUUUUUUUAAUUGUCUUAAUGAGUCAUUUAUAGGACUUGACACCCCUUCCUUCCACUGGUGAAAUAAUGUGCACGCUGUCCUCUGUAUAUUCUCAGGAAAUAAUGAUAAACAGUCUUAAACCUUCA